AGUCAUCAACUUCGAAGUUGUGCCUUGUGCCUGCAGAGCAUAGAUGAAGACAUGCAGAGAUUAGCUGACUAGACUAAUCUCUGGUGCCUGUUGAAUUCCAUAGUGAACUUCCAAUGUUCAAAAAUGUUAAUCCUUUAUGAAAUUUUAUGAUGAACUGUAUCUGAUUAUCAUCAUAUAUUCUGUCUGUAGUACUGCGGUAAAACACAAAAACGAGUGAAUCAAGAAAGUGAAAAAUUUGCAAUAUAGGCUUAUAGGGCAGGGUAUUCGAUCAUGAACAGAACACCGGCAUUUUAUCUGAUUAUUCUCAUAUUUUCCUUAUGGAGUGGUUCUCAAGCCACUCUUCCAUUGGUUGUAAACACAUGGGCGUUUACGCAGGCAACAGAAAGUGCAUGGCUGGAAUUGCAAAAAUCCAGCAAUUCUAUUGAGGCUCUUGUGGAAGGCUGCCGCACCUGCCAGUCGUUGCAAUGCGAUUUUACUGUCGGUUAUGGGGGCAGUCCUGAUGAAAACGGCGAAUCUACUUUGGAUGCUCUAAUAUUUGAUGGCGACACUAUGAAUAUGGGCGCAGUCGGCGGUAUCCGAAGAGUCAAAGACGCAAUCGGAGUGGCGAGAAACGUGCUUCAAAACAGCGAGCAUUCAAUUUUAGUGGGAUCGCUAGCUGCUGAAUUCGCCUACAGUUUGGGCUACGCCAGCGAGUCGUUGGACACGAAUUAUUCAAAGAGCCUGUACGAUGCUUGGAAACAGGCCAAUUGCCAACCGAAUUUCUGGAAGGACGUCACUCCAGAUCCCACAGAAAGCUGCGGGCCAUAUCAGCUGAAACCCCAAACUGAAUGUUCUUUAACCAACGAGAUAGAGCAGGAUGUCCCUACGGUGUUCAACACUGGAAAUCAUGAUACCAUUGGGAUGAUCGUCAUUAAUGGUGACGGGCAUGUGGUGGCAGGAACCUCAACCAAUGGGGCCAACCACAAAAUCCCUGGGCGGGUGGGAGAUUCGCCUAUUCCUGGGGCCGGAGCCUACGCAGACAGCGAAGUGGGAGCUGCAACAGCCACGGGCGAUGGCGAUGUAAUGAUGAGAUUCCUGCCUAGCUUCCUAGCAGUAGAGCAGAUGCGUCAAGGGGCCAGUCCAAGCGCAGCCGCUCGCACGGCAAUAGCGCGAAUUGCCACAAAGUACCCCUCGUUCUUCGGAGCUGUGAUCGCUGUUGAUAAAACCGGAGCUAUUGGGGCCGCCUGUAACGGUAUGCAAAAAUUUACGAUUUCCGUUAUGAAUACAACCACCCAAGGGGCCGCUUUGGAAUAUGUGGGGUGCUAAAAAACGUUUUGAGCUUGAUAAAGAAAAAAAUGUAUAUAUGGAAAUAUUUCCGAUUUA